AUGCUCAUCUCGUCCCAACACUCCAGUCGACCCAGAUCCGUCAACAUCAUGGAGUCCCUACCAGGAUCCAACCACUCAAGUGCAGGAUUCAUGCCUUUCGCUCAUGAGUCAGAACUCGCAGUCGAGUCAGAACCCGAGGAAGAAAGGGAUUUUGCAGAAAGCUUCUACCUCUUGGCACUCCAGGCAUAUGAAGAAGCCCUCAAUGGAGGCCGCAAUGGUGGAGACUCAGAUGGAAGAUCUUACCAUCCUAGGACCCUGUCCCCAGCAUCCUCCUCAACAGUUCGAGCUGGGACCACUGGAUGGUGA